AUGGAAGUCGGUGACGUCAUGACACGGAGGCGGAGCCUCUGGUUUGUAAACAAGUCGAGACAAAAACAAGCGGCGUUGUGCUGAUACUUUGUUCACACUUUCUGUGUUUUGGGUUUUGAAUCAUUUUGAUUUCACUUCGGACCCGAUAUUUCCAGAGUCAAGAAGCGGUAAAAAAAUUCUAAAAAUGAUCAGGAAAGUCCUGACGCAGAUUCUGCUGGGUGGCGGAGGAGAGGAAGUGGAUGAGGUUGUGGUGGAGAAUGAGAGUUGUAUGGAGCUGCUGGAGUGUGAAGAUGGAGACUGGAUCAUCAUUAAUGUUCCAGAUAACUCAUCUCUAGGCCUUCUUGUAAAAGAGAAUCUGCUGAUAGAGCAUCCCAGCAUGUCCGUGUAUCAGAUGUGCCAUCAGCGGAUAAAUGAGGAAGACGUUUCUGAUGAAGAAGAUGAUUCUUCCAGGUGUGUACAGGUAAGGCGUGAUGUGUCGAGGCUCCUGCCGUUGUGCUGUGCUUCUGAGCUGCUCACAGAGCAGAGAGCACGAGUGUAUUCUGAACGCCGAAAGCUAAGCCGUGGCGCACUCAGCAGGCAGAACCUGGUCAAGACUCGGCUUUCCAACACUGAGCGCCGUUAUGGCCAUUUUAAACAGCCCACUCAGCGCCUGUACAACUACUGAGACACGCCCAAACAAGAUGGCAAGGUGUGUGUGUGUAACAUUUUUGACAUUUCAGUUCAGUUAUAUAAUGAAAUGUCUCCAGGCAUCUCUUCACUUCAAAUUUAGUAGAUCAAGGUGUGUUUACUGCUUUACUUUCAGAUUGUAUGCUAAUGUUGCCAUGUGUAAUGUACAUCUGUGUGAUUCUUAUCGAAACAGAGCUUAUUGUGUCAUAACUGUGAAAAUGUGUUAUGUUUUGGUCUCUGAACAUGAUAAAUUUAUCAAUACAAUUUGCAUGAAUGAUUUAUUAUAUGAUUAAUAAUGUGAAAUGCUGUGUACUGUAGGCCAGCUGUCGAUCUGACUGGAGAUUUUAAAUGUAGUUACUGAAGUUAAGAUUUGCAGGUUAAACAGGUGUCCAGGCAAAGAUUUUAAUAUUUACAUUCUGGACAUUUAUAACAAAUAACUAGGUAAAGGUUUUACUAUUAAAGUAAGGAAUAAACGUUAAUUUCCAACAAAUGUCGAGUAUAUUAGGGUGAAGGUUUUAGCAUGAAACUCUUUUUCCGUAAUAUUUUAAUUUAAUCCUGGUAUUGAUUAACAUUUUGUGAGUGAAAAAGUUACCAUUUUUAAUUGUGGAAAGAAGUUAGGUAAACUGUGUGUCAUGUUGUUGGAUCAGUGGGACAGUGCAGUGUUAGCGUGUAUAAUACUUUAUUUAUUAAAUGUGUGUGUGUGUGUGUGUGUGUGUGUGGUUGUAGCUGAUUUUCUCAGUGAAGUGUGUUUAACAUGAACAUGAUUUGUUAUCUGAAUUCAGAUAAAGGAAUUACAGAUAUGAAUUUAUGCCAAAGUGACUUGCAAUGUCUAUAAAUAUAUAUAUUUCACAGGUUUUGUUUAUUAAAUUCUUUUUAUACUGUAAA